AUGACUCCUUUCUUGGUGGCUGCCGUUCGGUGCCUCCGCCAUGUCAAUUUAGAUUCAGUAGAGCUUGCCUUUUGUAUGGCCAAUCGGGACGAGCUAAGGACAAAACUGUUGGGGCUAGAGGAGGAGAAGCACAAAUUCGAUGAGCAUUGUGACUUCUUGGUCGGGGAUAAGGAAUCCAUGGAGGAGCAGGUGGCAAAGUUGGAUGGGUUGGUGGAGCACUUUUAUCAGCGGAUUGAAGCCUUGGUGGAGGAGAAGAAGGUGUUAGAGAGCCGAGUGGAUGAGUGGUGUAGGGAGCUGGAGGCUGAAGUGUUGAGGAGGAAGACUAUGAGGGAUGAUAUGAUGUGGCUACUCCAGAAGGGUGUUGUCUGGGUAAUGGACAAGAUGGUUGAGAGCAUUGAGUUCUCGCUUGGGGUUAAGAAGAUGAAAGAGGAAUGUAUGGCUACCGGCAUGGCCAUGCAUGCCUCUACGAAGGAUUUUAUGGAUACGAACAUCGCUUCCUAUCUCCGCUUGGAUGAGCUUGACUUGGUAGGCCUCUGCCAAUUGUGCAAUGAUCCUAAUAGCGAGGAUGUUCCCCCAAAACAUGAUCCUUCCAAAGCUGGCAUUGCCUCUGAUUUGCUUGGUAAGUGA